AUGGACUCGCGGCCGAACCGGGGCCGCCCCGCGGGGCUCGCGGCGUCGCGCUGGCAGCUGCUGCGGCAGGUCCUGAAGCGCCAACACCCAGACCGCCGCCUGCGCCACGUGUCCGUGAGACGCUUCGAGGCCUUCGGCCUGUUCUCCGUGGCUGCCGAGGACGGGCCUUGGCUGCGGUACACGAGCAUCUUGUCCCCUCGGCACAGCGUCUUGGUGAGGCAUCAUGUUGGACUUUUGGACGUUGAAGAUGUUCUUACCAGCUAUGACAACACAGGAAAUGUUUGCGUGUGGCCCGCCGAGGAGGUCCUGGCCCACUACUGCCUGGGACACGUGGAGGCCUUCAGGGGCCGUGCUGUGUGCGAGCUGGGAGGGGGCAUGACAUGCUUGGCUGGGCUCAUGGUCGCUACGUUUGCAGAGGUCACCCGGGUUCUGCUCAGUGACGGGAAUGAAAAGGCCAUCAGAAAUGUAAACGAGAUUGUUGCGCGGAAUCAGGCGGCCAGGACAGUGAAGACGGCCCAGCUCACCUGCAGCGUUUUACGAUGGGAUAAUGAGGCCGACGUCUGUCAGCUGGAAGGACAUUUUGACAUUGUUAUGUGUGCAGACUGCCUGUUUCUGGACCAGUCCCGAGCCAGCCUGGUGGACGCCCUGUGGAGGCUGCUGCGGCCAGAGGGACGAGCCCUGGUGUGCGCCCCACGCCGGGGGCAGACACUGGACCAGUUCUGCCACCUGUCUGACCGAGCCGGCUUCUCGCUGCAGUGCCACCAAGACUACGACGCACACGUCUCACGCCUGCAUGCCAAGCCCUCAGGUGCGCAGCAUCACGGAAACCACCUGCCCCCUUCGUGCCUCUCCCCGAACCCGUUAAUCUUGCCCUUCAGAACAGCCUCACGUGCCCGCAUGCAGGGCAGCAGCGGAGGGGACGCUAAAGGAAGAGCAGCCGGAUGUCUACGACGAGGACCUCCACUACCCGCUCCUCCUCAGCCUGACCAAGAGAAGCCCAGGACCCGACUGAACCCGGACACCGGUGGGGACGGGAACUGCUGCCUGGCGCUGGCUUCUCCGUGCCCCAGCCUCCGUGUGCCCCAAGGGGAAGGCCCGGGCAGCUCCACGUAUCCAUGUUGGGGGCUGGACUGAGGGCAGUGCCCGCUCCCCUUCCCAGCCUCAUCUUUGCUUUGCUGUGGUGGAGCCUAUUGCCUCUCCACAGAAACACUCCCUCCUGGGUAGGCAAGCAGUAAAGAAAGCUCUUCCUACUCCCUGGAGAAUGCCAAUGCUGCUCUUCUUCCUCCUCCUCCUCCUCCUUAUCCUCCUCCUCC